CAGCAGCAGCAACAACAACGUAUGACAACCAACGGGAAUGUUGAACACGAAAAUGGAGAUGUUUCCCAUGAUCUCAGCUCGCUGAAGAUGAACGGCACCAAGCGUCCCAGUAGCACACAGCGAUCCAAGUCAGAUCUUUCUCCUCAGCAGGUGUCUGGGGAUCUCAGCCAACAGAAUGCACUGAUGUUGAUGUCGUCGUCGCAGGGACUGUCUCCGCAGCAGUUACAGCAGUUAUUACAGCAGCAGCAGCAGUUAUUGUCGGGUCCACAGCAAGUACAGAUGAUGCAACAGCAGAUACUACAGCAGCAGCAAAGCCACAAAUUCCACGAACAAGUUCUCCAGCAGCUCAACGAGCAGCUCCAGUUCAACAUCCUCCAGCAGUCGCAGCUUGUCCAGCAGCAAGCCAGCGCCCAGGGGGAGAAAAAGCCACAGAAUCUAAAACAAAUCCAGUCACAGCUCCAGCAGUUGGCAGUCCAGCAGCAGCAGCUCAUCCAGCAGAUCCAGAUGCAACAAAGACAGUAUUUACUGGCACAGGGCAUUGGGCUGCCGCUACAUCAGUUUGGAGUGCAUCCAGGAAUGUCUCCGGCGGAGUUACAACAGUUAUGGAAGGAGGUAUCAGGUCAAGGUCACGGCACUGGAAACAGAGACCACAACGAAGACGCUGACACCAUGUUAAAAAAUGGCACCACCAAUGGACUGAAUCAACUUCUCGUCUCUGGCGGUGUGCCGUCAUCGUUCCCUUCUUUCCUGCCUAAUGGAUUUAACGAUCCUUUUCUACUAGCGGGAGGCUUGUUAAAUCCUCUGAAACCAGACGGGGGAGCAGCUCCAGGGACGCACCCCUUAUAUGGUCACGGGGUAUGUAAGUGGCCCGGCUGUGACACACCCUGUGAUGAUUUCGCAUCAUUUUUAAAACAUAUCAAUAAUGAACAUCAGUUGGAUGAUAGAAGCACAGCUCAGGCGAGAGUCCAGAUGCAGGUCGUCAGUCAGCUAGAAAUACAGUUGGCCAAGGAAAGGGAGCGUCUCCAGGCCAUGAUGCAGCAUCUCCACAUGACCCCCAAACAGCCACCCCCCCUGGCCCCCCUCCAACCCCCUCAGGUGGACAGCAAACACGAGCUGCCCGUCAGCAUGGCACUUAAUCUUACACCUCAGUCGAUUCCUUCUCCCCUCCAGUUAAAACAGCCAGUAGUGAGCGUCCCCAACCCCCUUCCCGUGCUGACACCCCCCACACGUAGCCCUCCCACCAACAGCACGCCCAAACAGAGCGCGCCAACGACACCGCACACACCUCAGUCCAUGCUGUCAACACCGCAGAACUCGCGACCGAGCAGCGCGGGGCCCGUGCGGAGACGUGUCUCGGAUAAGUGCAAUCUGCCAAUCUCAGCAGGUACUGACCAGUUAGACUCCGUGCAUUCAGAAAUACAACGAAAUCGAGAGUUCUACAAGAAUACGGACGUCAGGCCGCCAUUCACCUAUGCCUCGUUAAUCAGACAGGCAGUUAUCGAAUCUCCAGAAAAACAGCUAACUUUAAAUGAAAUCUACAACUGGUUCCAAAACACUUUUGCAUUCUUCCGGAAAAAUGCUGCCACCUGGAAGAAUGCUAUACGCACCAAUCUGUCUCUGCAUAAAUGUUUCGUACGGUACGAGGAUGAUUUCGGCUCCUUUUGGAUGGUGGAUGAUAUAGAAUUUAUCAGGCGCCGUCACCUUACCAGGGGGAGGCCCCGAAAAUCACAUGACUCCAGCGAUUUCACUUACGCACACAAUAUCCAGAUCAAGAGUCCAUCAUUACAAAAUCAUCCUCAGUUAUAUGGCGAGAGCCUGAACGCCAGUCUUAGGGCUGCUCUUGCAGAGAGCAAUUUCCCAUUGUUAAGUAAUUCUGGCAGCAGUAUGGAUGAAGUGGAGGAUCUGUCCAUAUCUCGUCAGACCAGCCAGAACGUAGACGACACUGAGGGCUUGGCCACAGAACCCUUAAGUGAAUCAGAAGACAGUAAAAAAUCAGAAGACAAGCGUCCAGAAUACAUGGCUGGAAACUCUCCCAAUGAUGUCAGCAUGGAACAGGCUGUUUACCAUGGCAACGCUGUAUACAGCCAGCACGGGGAAUCCAUAUACCACCAUGGUGAGCCAGAGGAUGCCGGGCUGGGGAAACCCUUACUAGCCUCUCCUAUCAGACCCAAGGAAGAGGACGGCAGUGAGAGAUGCGGGCAAUACAAUGGCGAGAGUUCUCCUCUGACCAGAGUCAGUGUGGAAGGGACAACUGUAUGUCAUGGGAGCACUAUGUAUACACAUCACAGAGAGGCUGGCUAUCACCAUGGUGAUGCUGAGGAUGCUGGGAUGGGGAAGCCUCGGAUGGUUUCCAUGGCAACGCCAGAUGAGGCAGACAUGAUGAGGCCCCUGUCGAACCCCAGCAUCAAUUCACAUUCCAUAAGUGGAGACACCUAAGUUGUUGAAAACUGUGCAGAAGACAGAACUUUUUACGAUAUCACCAACUGGGCUGUCUUCUUCAAGAAUAGAGAAAAGCAGAUUUUAAUCAGAAGAGAAGUUGCCAUCUUUGCAAUGCUGUUAAAAAACUGCGUCACACAAAUAUCAGGGAGCGACUCCCCAAUCGUACUUUAUGUAUUGAUAAAUGUGAAAGUGCAUUGAGUAGCAGAGGAAAAUUUGACAUUCAAAGACACUCAGCAAUGAGAGGAUUUAUUUAACACACACUGUCAUUGUUUCAGUCUCAUUCUUAGCAAUAACCAAUUGUAUUGAACAAUUCUGACAGGGAAGCCAGUAUUGUAUAGACAAGCAAAGGCGAACAUUUUCUCAUGAGGGGCAACAAAAAAUUAUAUUGACAGAAAUCUGGAGCCACAAUUGAUGCCUGUCUGGAAACACUGGAUUUACCAUCAACAUUUUGUUUCAGCAGGCAUAAAAACCCAGAUUAGAUAGCAUUGCAAGGCAAAAUCCCAUACCUGCUCCGAUAUAAUGCAAUGCAACUCUGUCAUAGAUGGCAGCACAAGCUGUCAAGAUACCCCCCCAGCAAUACUUGAUAUACAGAAAAAGGUAGCAUAAGAUAAUACCACAUGGUCACAAUGGAAGAUGCUGGUAUAUUUCAGUGUGUACUUAUAUUAAAGUUACAGGAAAAAAGACAGGACUUAUUAGAUAGUGAAAAAAAUAUCAUAUCAUUAUCUGGUAAUACAUACAGGUAAUAUCAGACCCCAUUUUAAUUGGUUGUUUUGUACAGUUCUAUCGUACUCUGUAUUGUGUAAGUGACGUCGGCUUCUGUAGUCCUUAGCAAUAUUGACUUGGUUUACCAGAGCUGCAUUUACUGCUUUUAUUUCCAGAAUUAUUUCAUCAACUGGCACAGCAAUAUGGGAUGUUUUUAGGAGGGGACAUAAGGUGUAAUUUUAAAAUGAGGAAAUGUGUAUUUUCUAAGAUUUAUGAUUUUGAUAAAACUAGGGAAGAAGGA